AUGAAUCCGCUGUUCCUUGUUCUUCAGGUUCGCCCAACUCAACGACCUCAGCGACAGAACGACCAGAACGCCCUCCUCGCGAGCGAUUUUUCGGAGAAAGACAGAAUUCCAGGAACUCGCCAUUCCUACACUUUUGCUCGAAUGCACGUCAACAAGCUCGAAAAGGUGUAUCGUUGCCAGAACUGCCACAACACAAGCACUAAAACACGUACGGUGACAAUCAAAGUUGUUGGAAACGAGUUUCUGGUCGAUCCAUGUAGUAUUGGACACGAAUGUCGCCCAGGAAAAUAUGCAGAAGAAAAAGCAAACAGGAUUGUUUAUAAGAAACUUCAAUGCGUCAGAAAAGACCCGAAAUAUGCCAAGAAAAAACCUUUGGAGAUAUUCAAAGAGUUGAUGGCUGGACAUUAUGAUGCAGACAAAGAAGUGUGCAACGGUGUCGAAGAAGCGUUUCCAUAA